AUGUUUAUGAAUGGUCUAAAAAUAAAGACCAAACAACUAAUUGAUACCGCAGUCGAUGGUUCCACAAAUUUUUCAACAGCCACCGGUAUCAAGAAGAUCAUUGAAGCUAUUGCUGCUAAUGAACACAUGGAGUUGUACGAUAGGUGUCAAAGCAAACCAGAAGGGGUUUUAGAUUUAAAGUUGGAAACUACUAAAAUCCGUAUUGAAGAUACUAUAGCUGCUAAAAUUGAGAAGAAGCUAAAGGCGAUGAACAUAGGUACCCAACAGGUGGCACAGGUCCAACCAGCUCCUACUAUGGGUCAAAUUGCUCAGCAAUUAUCAUCGAGUUCUCAAGCACAAGGUGCUCUACCUAGUGCACCUGUGCCCAAUCCUAGAGAGCAUCAUAAUGUGAGUGCUGUGACAACAAGAAGUGGUAAAUCAGAUGAAGUUGUCGAGGAAGUGGAUGAAGAGGAAGACCAAUUGAUCGAAGUAGACCUGGAGAUCAAAGAAAAUGAAGUUGUUAGGGAAGAAGUGGUAGCACCGAAACCUGUUGUAAAAGAAUCAGUCAUUGAGCCUAAGCCGGUUGUUAAGCUUCCCUUCCCCACUAGAAACAAGAAAAAAGGACAACAUGAGAAAAACUUUGAAAAAUUCUUAGAGUUGUUCAGGAAGCUGGAGAUUAAUAUUACGUUGUUGGAGGCACUUGAACAAAUGCCUACUUAUUCCAAGUUCAUGAAGGAUAUCAUUUCGAAGAAGCGUACCACAAACACUAACCCGAUCAUUCUAACCGAAACUUGUAGUGCUAUUUUGCAGGGUAUGAAGAUUCCGAUAAAGAAGGAAGAUCGAGGAGCUGUCACCAUCCCGUGUACUAUUGGAGAUAGGUCGUUCAACAAAGCUCUUAUUGAUCUGGGAGCUAGUGUGAGUCUCAUGCCAUUAUCCAUUUACAAGAAGCUUGGUAUAGGGGUGGUGCAAGAUACCAGGACGACACUCCAAUUCGCCGAUCAUUCGGUCAAGAAACCGCAUGGUAUUGUUAAAGAUGUCCUGGUAAAAAUUGACAAGUUUGUAUUUCCGGUUGAUUUUGUAAUUCUAGAAAUGCUGGAAGAUGAAGAGAUCCCUCUCAUUCUUGGUAGACCCUUUUUGGAAACGGGAAGGUGUGUAAUCAACAUAGAAGAAGGAACCAUGAUGUUGAAGGUUUAUGAUGAGGAAGUGAGAAUCAAUGUUCGAAACACCAUGAAAGACAAAGAUGAUAUUUGUACCAGUGACACUAUAGAGGUUUUGAAUCAGGUAACAAGAUGGCCCUUUGAAUGCACCACCGUCACCUUUGGGAAGAGUGUUGAGCUUGUCCAAGUUCGACAGUGA